UCACUGAGCCGCACAGCUGCAGCACACCCACAGCUCGCUGACAUGCAGCAGCAGCAGCAGGAGGAGGGCUAGAUGCAGCAGCAGCUGUGUGCUUGCAGACUACACUUCCCAGCAGCACUCCUGCCUCCAUACGGGACAGACACGGGCUAUGGGGGUGUGUUUGUGGCAGUCUGUGUGACCGGCUGAGCCCCGCUCCCCGUGCAGCCGGUGGUGUGAGCCAGGGACAGGACCGGCACCGCGCUGGACGCCGCUGACCACGCCGCUCUGGUGACCGCGCUGCCGCCUGCACGGUAGUAGCCCUGUCGUGUGCCCCGUCUAUGAGGAUGGAAUGAUGGGGUCCAACUGAAAUUACACUUGUUGGGCCCAGUCAAGACUGGCACUGUAGUUGCCAUCAUGUCUAACACUUGUUACUGAGAAGACAAAUGAGAAGCUAGACCUAAGCAUCAUGAUCUCCAUGAUUACAGAACAAUUACAAAAACAAAGUCUGGAGGACCUGAAAUGCAAAUCUUUCAGUAUAAGUUUGCCACUGCCUAAUCAUCCAGACCCAGAAGGGUGCAGCAGUCCAUACCAUUUUGUGACAGAAGAACGCUCCUGGGGACUUCUCAGUCACUGUCCAAGAAUUGAACUUGAAGAUGGAAUUAGACUUGGUUGCCAUCACCACUCAAGCCUGAGUCUUCACUUUCCUGUUUUGAGCAGGGAAAGUUCUCCUAAUCGCAGGAGCCCUUCCCAAGCACCUGAGGCAGGGAACUCCGCUGCUCCUCCAGCUCCUCCUACCAAGAGACACUGCCGCUCCUUAUCAGUGCCAGAGGACCUAUCACGCUGGAGGCCUAUCUGGCGGCCCAGUGGCUCUAAAGUUUGGACUCCUGUUAAGAGGAGAUGUAACAGUGGUGGGGUUGGGGCAGUACUGGGAGUGCAGACUCAAAGUCCAUCCCAAGGGGUCUCCAGUCUCAGGUUCCAAAAUGACCCCAGUGCCUCUUUUCGCUGCAUCCAAGCCAACAGCCCUCCCUUCUUCAGCCUGGCUUUGUGCCGGGAGUCGCCAGGUCCCUAUACCCUAUCCCCGACUACUAUAUUCUGGGACAACACAGAAGGGCCAAGCUGCUUUCCAUUGCAGCGUCGAUUUUCCCUCUCUCCUGUACUCUUCAAAGAUACAGGACGGUUUCUCCCUUCAGCCAGCAGUUCUCCACCUUCCACGCCAGAGCUGGUUCGGCGACAGCAAUGUCUGCCUCGCAGCCAAUCACAGCCCUGUGAUCUUGACACCAGGAAAUGUGGAAUUAAACGCAGGCAUGAGGAAGAUACACGAUGGCAUCGCCCUUCUCUGGACUUCUACAAGAUGAACCAGAACGCUGGUGCUAUGUGUUUCUUGGACAACUGUGAAGAAGGCAGCUCUUCUCCUUUUAUGGCUUGUCAUGGGGAGUCUCCUUGCACUUCUGGAAGUCCUGCCACCACUUGCACAUUGGCACUUAGUGAAGAAGAUAUGGUUAGGAGGGAUCACUCGUCCUGUUCCCAGGCAAUGCUCUUCCAGCACGAUUUCGCAGACCUGGAUUUAAAUCUAAUUGAAGAGAAUUAGCUCUCAGGAAACAUCAUACUGCAAAUGGAGUGCUUACCGGGAUGUGGACCUAUAAGUGAGGGUGUCUGGGUGUUGGCAGUGGGCCGCCGCCAAGGGACUUGCACCAAGCGCAUUUCACUAACCUUCAUGACAGACAGGAAUUGUGCAGGGGUGGGGGUGGGGGGGAGGCGGGAGGGGAGCCAAAUGUUUCAAUCUUCUGAAUGGGUAGUCUGGGCAGGGUCAUCUUUCCCCCAACUACACUUCUCCUUACCUAGUAAUACAGCUGAAUUUGGGAUCUCCCAUUACUGAGUGACAAAACUACAUAAAGGGUGCUGCGGGAUUGCUUUAUUUUUAUAUUGAUGGUUUUUGAAAGGAUAUUCUGCAUUGCCCCAAGGGUAUCACAUGCAGAUAUAGGCUUGUGAUUAAUUCUUGUUUAAAGGUGACUUUUUUCGGGUGGGGGGAAAUAAGUAAACUAACAAGGUGGCAAAUCUGGUUGUGCACAAAGGCUUAUGCCUUGUUUUCAAAUAAAUUCCCCAAGACCUAGCCCAGAGCAUUACAGCAAGGGAACCCAGUCCUGUGUGUUCCAUAAUUAACACCUUUUUUUGUUGAUUUUGUUCUCCAAUUCAUCCUGAAAAAAGGCUGACCGCAGAACAAAAAUGUUGUUUCAAUUGUAGUAGAUGUGUUUGCAAUUUUCUUUUCAUGGAUAUUUGCCUGUGGCAAAUAUUCUACAAACAUCAUUUUUCUUUUAAAAUUGCUGGCCAGUUAAAAGGGAGCUUCCAGGUCACCCUGUACCUGUUGUCUACACUGCCAUCCAAGUCUUACAUAAAGUGACCACCCCAGUACCUUAGACCGUUAUCAUACCUUUGUCCUGCACAUCCCAAAUCCUCUUGUGUCUCGCCAUCCUACAUCCUUUUCACUUUUUCCGGAAUGAGUCUUAGUUUGGAGCGUGUAAAUGAAAUGUAUUGGUAUACUUUGUCACAGCUGCUUAAGCCCCCGAGACACAGAGUUGUAUGGAUUCUUUCAGAGAAGAUGGUAGUCAGGCGGUUGAUAUAACAUUUGCUCUGAAUGUUGUUGGCUUAUUGGAGCCAUGCAAGCAUUUAAUCUACAACAAGCAUUGUAGUAUUUUAUCAAGAAACUUAAAACAGCCUUUUUGAUUCUGCAGUUACACAUAAAAGUAUUAUGUAUGUACCGCGGUAUGGUUCCUUGCAUUCAUUUUUAAAAGUGGGCAGUUUUGAUUAAUGUUUUUCCCUAAUGAGGAAGGAAAAGAUUGUGAGCAGCUCUGUAUCACAAUCCAAAAUGAGCAAUUAUAUAUAUAUUUUUUUUAAACGCAGUCUUUAUUUCAGCAUGACUUACCAAGAACAUCAGACAGCAGGUAUUAUUCCAUACCAUGUUUCUUCCAUCCAGAAUGCAUUAGUCCUAAAAUGUGAACACACAAAAUUGGAUGUGAAAUGCUAUUUACCCCUCACGUAGGAGCCUCGUGGCUGUGUAAGAUCGGUGGCCAGCGUUUUCACAGCAGAAGCACUUUGAGGGUUUCCUACUGUACAUGGAAAUCUUUCCAUCUAGUGCAAUGUCAGCACUUCACAGCUGAAAAACUCAGUUUUUCUGGAUGUGGAAAAAGGUGUGUUGUAAAAUGGCAGUAUUCUGUAUUCAUUAGGGAUUUUAGGGGAUUUGGGGGUUACAGUAUGGCGCCCCAUUUGAAAUAAUAAAAUAUACUGUCAUAUUUCUCACACCAUUUUCAUUUAGAACACAGCCUGCUGUUGUAUUACAUUGUGAUAAAGGAUGAAUGACAAACCUCUUGCUGUUGUGUUGUGUAAUGCUACAGGGACCUGUAAUGCAUAUUAAAUCAGAGCAUUGCAAAGCUGAAAGGGCUCAGCCGUGAGUGACUGCAUAUUCUACAUUGAAUGGGGUUGGAGAACUUGAAAGCAAAAAAAGGCAAUAAGAGAAGAAACAAAUUGAAUUAACAAAUCAAAGAUGUAUGAAACGUGAUGGCCUGUCAUCAGUAUUUCAUGGUGUAGUCCCUCUAUUUUAUUUAAAUGACUAUAUUCUACAAUAAAUUGAAAUUGAUGUAA